CCUGGAUGUUUUACUCAUGGCCUACUUGGUCUGCCGGCUAGGGCGCCUUGGAUCGAUCGGCCUAGCGUUCAUCUUCAGCGGCCAUGCAAGUCGCCGAAGCUUGUUUUUUUUCUGGGCGCAACGGCCGGCGUUAGCAAGACACCCACAGGGUUAGGUUACCGUUCUGAUUGGCUGCUCUGUUGGCGAGGGGUGCGCCUGUGCAUCCAUGUUCCAGCGGCAGACGCAAAUUUGUUCAGCUCGCCGAGUCGUCGGCGAGAGACCCGAUGACCUGAACUCUGACGUUAGACAUCUUUCAACCCUCCCUGGCGUAUCAUACACUACCUAUCCCUGAUCUUUGACUAGUCUAAGCCGAACCCCGGCCCCAGCGACGGUUUCGCUAGCCAGUCAACAACCAAUCGCAUGAGCUAGGACACAGGCCGUGGUUGGUGAAGUUCGGCGGAGUGAGGUCAUGACAGGGCCCUUCUGGGAGGUGCUGUCGAGCGAAUCAUGAAAAUAUGCCACAGGCAGCUCUGUCUGCUCGCUACCCGCCCAGGCAGCCGCGCAGUGCUGUUGAGCCCUGGAAGAAGGCCGCUCUCAUCGUGGUCUGAGUCCGAUUGCGACCAUGUUCGGCUUCGGUGCGGAUCGUCCGGCCACAUCACCCUGGGUCUGCACAACCUCUCGCGGCACUCGGACGACACCCCCUUGCUGAUAUACCUCCCGCCUUUCUCGCGCCCUGCCGGCAUGCCCCUCCCGCGCUUCAUCCGCCCAUACCCGACAGUCGUCAUCUACUAUCGCUGGCCCGAGGUGACCGCGACGGACAAAGGGGAUGAGACCGAGCAAGUCUCAAGCCCCCAGAUUGUGCGGCCUGGGACCGACGGCGACGGCGACGGCGACGGCGAUGGCGGGCCUCUCCCCAUCGGCGCGCCGCACAACAGCGUGACACCCACGCCUCCCCGCUGGCCGACGCCGCUGCACGACGUGCUCCAUGGAUACAGCUGGAUCACGCGGAACCUGGCGCCCCAGCAUGCGCUCAGGCGAGACAUCCACGUCUGCGGCUCUUACCUGGGCGCGUCGCUGGCCGCCGCGCUCGGCCUGACCGAGUCACAAAAGUUCAACGGUAUGGCAGUCCGCAGCGUCGCUCUGCACAAUGGAAUCUACGACUGGACCACCUUCCUGCCCGGCCACGCGAUCAACUGGUUGCCGCAGCAGGACGGGAGUUCAUAUAAUCAAGCGGACGUGGAAAUGAUGCCAGAACGCGAGGAGAGAGGGGAAACGGCAUUCCGUUAUCUCAAGAGAGUGAUGCCGACCCUGUUCGGCAGCCCGUCCAGCUUAUUCGAUCCCUUCGCCAGCCCCUGCCUGUUCUUUCACAACGCCGGCUUCGAGGCGCCGCCGACCUUUGACCAGCCGCUUGAUGCCAACUCCGACCCUAACGAUAUCAUCAACCUUUCUCUGCUGGAAGCGGGCCCAGAUGCGGGCGGGUUCGAGCCUCGCAUGAGCAGCGGCGAGGCCGCAGACAAGAACCUCGAGGUCACCUUCAAGAUCCCCCGUCCGGCGCACGAAAGAUUCCCGCCUUGGGGUUGGGACCUGAAGAUCCCCGCGGCGCUGCUCCUGCACGAAUCCCCAGCCGACGGCGACACCAUCGCCAUCAGCGAUGGCCGAGUUGUCAAGGGACGAGGCAAUACCGCGGCCGCGGCCAAGUACAGGCGGCGGUUGCUGGGCGGGAUGGAAAGCAAUGGAUUCGCGUCGCAGGCGGGGCGGCUGGCGGCACUCAUGCGCCGCAGCAUCAAGCUGUCCGAGCUAGAGAGACGACCGGGGUGGGACGAAGAUAUUGCCGCCGUUGAGCAGGAGGCUGACCGGAGGGUGCGCCUGCGCGAUGUCGGGUCGGCAGAUCUAGACGACGAGGCUGUAGAGGAGACUGUUGGCAAUUGGCUGGAAGAAAAUAUGGGAUUUUGAUGUCCCUUCUGGCGGUGCUUAAAGUCUUGAGAUACCCUUGCGCAAACUAAACAGCGUACUUGUCGAAUGUUACAAUAGCGCAUCACCCAGUUUGGGCCAUGACGGCGAGGUAAAAAUGGGUGCAGAUGUUGCCGAAGAACAGAGGUAUCGAGAGAGAGAAAAAAAAUACGUAAAAAGGCAGAAGAUAAAAGAAAACAGGGGGGAAAGGGAAGACAAAUAGCAUACGAGCAGUGAGAAAUGUGAGCAAAAUGCAAAAAGGAACC